AGGUGGAACAACAGGUAGGCGUCCUCCACCCGCCUCCCUCCCUCUCCUCGGUCGGUGCGUCUCGGAGAAACAAGUGGACCCACUGUCUGCGUGGAAAUGAGAGCAGAACUUCGCCUGUUGUUUGCUUGAUUGUCUGGGCCGGUUUGUCUGAACAGUGGAGGAGUUUUUAUGCGCUUGCUCUGACAGUCCAGCUUUGUUUGAAAGACCUCAGAGAUUCGCUCUGAAACGUCUACUAAUUAAUAAAUCGGAGGUCCAUUAUCGGAUAAAUCGCGUUUGCGACAUCAGGCGCGGGUGUUUGUCAUCAUGUGGAUAUGCUGAUGCUGCCAUAUUAUCUUCACCACUGAACUCUGAGCUGAUUGAAAGAGGUCAGAGGCUCUCUGACUUACAGAUCCCCCUCACCCUUCAUGAGGACAUGGAGGUCCUGCGCAGGUCUUCAGUGUUUGCUGCAGAGGUCCUGGAUGUGUUUGACCGAUCACUGACCGAGAAGGAGCUGGUGACCCAGUCUAAGGCGCUGUGCAGAGACUACAUCUUGUCGAGGCUCAACCAGAACGGGUUGGGAUGGUCUAAAACUGAUCUCAAUUUUUCUCCCUCAAAUGCAGCGCUGGCUGAAGUGUCUAUGGUGCUUCUCUGUCUUGGCGAUGAGCUGGAGUGUAUACAGCCCAGUUUGUACAGGAACGUGGCGCGGCAGCUCAACAUUUCUGUUGCCAUGGAGAACAUGGUUUCGGAUGCCUUCAUCGGUGUAGCAACAGAGAUUUUCUCAGCAGGCAUAACAUGGGGUAAGGUGGUGUCCAUGUUUGCGGUAGCUGGAGCCCUGGCAGUGGACUGUGUCAGACAAGGCCAUCCGGCUACAGUGCACAUCUUAGUGGACAGUCUGGGACAGUUUGUCCGCAAAUUCCUGGUUCCCUGGCUGAAGAGACGGGGAGGAUGGGUGGAGAUCACAAAAUGUGUGGUGAAAAAGGAUUUUUCCCCUGAAGAAAACUGGCUGUCCUCUGCCUUUGAGUCCCUCAAGUGCUUCCUCACCACGAUGUAUGUCUACAUCAUGAAGGAGCCAUGAACGAACAGCAUGUGGGAGGUGGGACGGUGGGGGUGUCAUGUGUGGGAUUAAAAUCUCAGACUUGUCAAUAAAAAGCUGGAGUGGAGAGGGUCGCUGUGAUUGAUGGGGAUUGAGCCUGCCGGUAGAUUUCAGUCUGCUGUUAUGUAUGGCCAUCAGCAAAUGUUUGACCAACAAAUGUUUGUGUUCUCUCAGUGUCGGCCGAGCCCGUGAAGUGGUUGCCCUUCAUCCAAAGAGUAGUCACCGUGACAUUUAAGAGCAUAUCACUCCGCCUCUAUGUAUUAUCUUACUGCUUUAACCGGUGUAGUAAGCAAGGCUUCUCCAGUGUUGUAACGUGAGGCUGUUCAUACUCCAGAGACAAACACUCAGAUGUUUUAAUGUGGUGUUUCUCAGAAUAUUCACACUUAAAGAGGCGAAAACUGUGUUUGUGAUGAAACUGACGCUCAGCUGGCUGGGUCCUGUUGUGAGGUUUGAGUCUGAAAAAGUGAGUUCACGCCUCAAGAGUAAUGUCAGGUGGAUUCAACUGUUUACACUUCAUGGAGUAACUCUAUUGUACUUCACCAAAGCACAAAGAGUCUCUUUACAAAUAUGAUCCAUUUAAAAAUAACGAAGAGAAACGUUGGAUCUCAUUGCGCUUAUUUUUGGCCAAAGAACUCGAGGAAUGGUAAUAUAUAAAUGUUACCAUGAAUGUGCAUAUUUUUGUGGACACUGAUUUCCUUUUAGAUCUGUAAAUAGUCUAUUUAUGAUUUUAUUUUUUUAUUUAAUGACUUGUAUUUCAAACCACUGCAGUAUGAGGACGCCACUACAGCAGCUGUUUAGGAUGAUUGCGUGUGAUGGGUGUCACUUUAAGUGUGAACUUAUAAAUGUGUGUGUCUAAAAGUUUUUAUGAAACCUAUAAUAAACUUCAACCUUCGCAGA